AUGUGCGGAAUUUUUUGUGAAAUAAGAUACAAUAAACAUACAAUAACAACGGACAAUAAAGUUUUAGAAAGAUUAAGAAACAGAGGUCCUGAUAGUACAAACAACUUCGAGUUUGUUGUAAAUAAUGAUAUUACUCUUUAUUUCUCUGCUUAUAUAUUAUGGAUGCAAGGUAUGAAGUUAACUCCACAACCAGUAGAAGAUGAAAACGGUAUUCUGCUAUUUAAUGGUGAUAUUUUUGACGACACUUGGGAUAAGAAAUUUAGUGACACAUAUGUUUUAAUGAGAAAAUUAGUAACUUGUAAUUCAUCAGAGCAAAUUAUUUCACAAAUGAAAACUCUUAAAGGGCCUUUUAGCUUAAUUUACUACAAUAAACUAAAAAAUAAGCUUUUUUUCCUACGAGACAGAAUUGGACGAAAUUCUUUACUAUUUUGUAAGUCAAGCAAUUCUUAUGUCAUAAGCAGUGUUUUAGGUAGAAAAUAUUCUUGUAUUGAAAUACCAGCCACCUAUAUUUAUGAAUUCAAUAUAAAUGAGCAAAAGCUGCAAUUACACUCUUGGAAUGAUUCUCUUGAAUUAGUAAAUACUCUAUCAAUUGAGAAUUGGUUACAAGUUAUUAAAGAACAGCAAAGUCAGCCAGAUGAUGAAUUCAUAGUUGAUUUUGAUAACACAUCAAGUAAUUUAAGUGAAGAAGAUGAUGUUGUCCAGCAAAUAGAAAAAUUAUCUCAAAAGUAUGAGAACAAACUCGUAAUAUUAAAACAUCUGUUGGACAAUUCAAUCAUAUUCAAAACUGUUAUGAAAAUAGUAGAACUGUUAGAGAAAAGUGUAAAAGUUAGGGUUGAGACACAGCCAAGUAAAUGUAAGGACUGCAUAAAAACUGAAAUAAAAUGCAACCAUUGUACCACAGGAAUAUUAUUCUCGGGUGGCUUAGAUUGUACCAUUUUAGCAUUUCUAGCUGAUAAAUAUGUACCUAAAGACCAACCUAUAGACCUGAUAAAUGUUGCAUUUGAAACAAAAAAUAAUGAUUCUUAUGAUGUCCCAGAUAGAAUAACUGGCAGGGAAUCUUUUGAAGAACUAAAAAGAACCUGUGGUUCAAGGCAGUGGGUCUUUCGAGAAGUAAAUGUGUCAAGAGUAAAGCUAGCUGAGUACCAAUCGUCAAUUAUUGGGGACUUAGUGUAUCCAAGACGCACCAUAUUGGAUGAAAGUCUUGGAUCAGCUUUGUGGUUUGCUGCUCAAGGACAGAGUGAUGAGGAUGAAACCAGUUGUAGGGUUUUAUUACUAGGAUCAGGAGCUGAUGAACUGUUUGGUGGUUAUGUGAGACAUAGAAAUGCUUUCAAACGUCAAGGUUGGCCAGGCUUAGCCAAAGAACUAUUAUUAGAUUGGAAAAGAAUAUCAUUCAGAAAUCUUGCAAGAGAUAACAGAGUUAUUUCUGAUCAUGGCCGACAGCCUAGAUUGCCUUAUCUGGAUGAAGAUUUUACUGAGUUUGUUUUAAAUUUGAAACCAUGGCUUAAAUGUUUCCCUAGCAGUAAAUUAGAAUGUGGGAUUGGGGAUAAACUAAUAUUGAGACUUGUUGCGUUUUAUCUUGGACUUAAUAAUGUUACUAUUCUGCCUAAAAGGGCUCUGCAGUUUGGAUCAAGGAUUGCUAAUAAAAAAGAAAAAGGAAAUGACAUAUCUAAAACUUUCCAAGACAUUAAAUUUAUA